UUCUUCUUCUUCUUCUUUAACCAAGAAAGAAAGUCAAAGCAAUGGCUCCAAAAGCAGCAGAGAAGAAACCCGUAGAGGAGAAGAAACCGAAGGCCGGGAAGAAGCUGCCCAAGGAAGCAGGUGCAGGCGUUGACAAGAAGAAGAAGAAGAAAUCGAAGAAGAGCGUGGAGACAUACAAGAUUUACAUCUUCAAAGUUCUGAAGCAGGUUCAUCCAGAUAUCGGAAUCUCUAGCAAAGCCAUGGGGAUCAUGAACAGUUUCAUCAAUGAUAUCUUCGAGAAGCUCGCUCAGGAAUCGUCAAAGCUUGCAAGGUACAACAAGAAGCCGACAAUCACCUCAAGGGAGAUUCAGACUGCUGUUAGACUCGUUCUUCCAGGAGAGCUCGCGAAACACGCCGUCUCCGAAGGCACCAAGGCCGUCACUAAAUUCACCAGCUCUUGAACUACGAAUCUAAAUUCACCGUUUAGGGUUUUAAGUUUCAGUUACAUUUCAAUCUCAGUUGUAAUUAGUGCUAUGAAUCUGUUUGGAAUAAAAAAAAUUGCGUUUGGCACAA